AUGGCGCAAAAAAAAAGGGAGAGCAGCCUGGAGCUGAGCAAGAAAUUGUUCGGCACGAACUCCCCCCUGAAGGAGCAUGAUGAAGACCAUUACGAGCAUGCACAGAAAAGGACGAGGACGUGGCCGGCUGACGCGACGCCGGAGGUGGAUGGCGAUACGUGUUUGAUUUUCUCCGCCACGGAGGGCGACCCCACCAACUGCUGGUGCCCCAGGGGAUACAUCAUGUGCAGCGAGGAGGACGUGCGCGAUGUGCAGUCCAAGCUGCACCAAAUUAAGGACGUGAAGCAGCGCAACGAAGUCACCCCCUCGUGGAUCAAGCGCCUCUGUGAUAAUUCCAAAGAAAUCGGAUUCAAAAGUAUGUCUGUUGUUAUAGAUUAUGAGUUGGCAGUUCUAUGCAACGAUGGAAAUGAAAAAAACAACGCAGACUUCAAAAUAAUUGGAGCUUCAGGUUUCGUUUCGAACGAACAGAUCAUUCAGGAAACGGAGAGGGAUACCACGUAUGUCCCUCGGAAAUGCACCGUCAAUAAUUUUUACCUCUGUCGAAAGGUGGAAAACGAUAAUGUGGCUUGUCAGUACAGCCCCUGGUCUCCGUGGGGUCCCUGCAUCGACAGCAAGCAAAGAAGAACCAGGAAGGUGAUACGUUCAAACCAGAACAAUACGGACUUUUGCCUGUGGAAUGGAAAGCGCAUCCCGAGGAAUAUAAUGGAGGAGACGCGCCCCUGCAGGGGUCCAUCGGGUACGUCCGCUAAGAAGUAG